AUGGCGGAAGCCAGAGAAGAGCUCAACCGCAUGUUCCGCCAGAGCCAACCUGUAUCCAGCAUUCCGGCAUCGCAUCAUCCUUAUCCUCCUCCUCCUCCUACUUCUCCAGGUUCAUACUCAUCGUCACUAAGUGCGGGAAAUUACACCGGAGAUACAAGUUUCAAGACAGAAUCGACGUCGGACUCGUCACGCAGAACUGGCGAUAGCAUCAAAGUCAAGUUCUCGACCAACGGUCAAUCCGCUAGAGCCGCAGGUUCGUCAUUCCAGUUUAGGUAUGGGCAUGGAGCAACCGCUGACAGCCACUCUUUGUCGCCUCCUCUUAAAAUCAACACCUUCAUCCCCGCCACCGAAGACGACAUAUUUAACCUCGAACAGUUCAUCAACACCCUCAAUCCGCGCUCUCGAUUCGUUUCCCAGAGCCGACACCGCUAUUAUGCGAUUGCUCGUGGGCGGGUUCGGACAAUCGUUGGAACAUUCGAGGAAAUGUAUCUGUUGACCAGGCGAUUGCCCUUUGAACCUGUCGUUCAAGGGUUCUUCAACUUUGACGCUGCGAAAGCCUGGAUUCUCACGCAUUGA